AUGAAUGCAGCUGUGGUGUGGAUGUGUUUGAUGGUGUGGGCGAGUGCUGUCGCUGCCGGCACUGUGGAGGUGUCCGAGGGUUCUUCCUCCCUGCAGGCCACCGGCUACGCUGAUGCGCUAGGGAAGGCCAUCCUCUUCUUUGAAGGGCAGCGCUCGGGGAAGCUCCCUCCAGGGCAGCGGGUCACCUGGAGGGGUGACUCCGCCCUCUCCGACGGCCGCCUCGAAAACGUACCCCUCAGCUUCCCCCACCUCGUAGACCUGACCAUGUCUAUUUUUCUUCUACCCAGCGUUUUAUGCAAAAUAGCACUCAUUUCCUUCCCGAAACGCCACAUUAUUUCACUAGAUGGAUGUCACCACUUUACUAUGUUUUAUACUUCCAAGACCAACGCUUAACCACGUAAAGAACGGACGGCAUUGAUCUUCAUCCACCCUGUUUUUUCUCGUUGGUACUCUUACCCAUUUUUCAUUGGUCAGAUAUUCGUUUUAUACCAUGCUAGUUUAAAUGUUUUAAGAUAAAAUUAAAAUCCAAAUUAAGAAAUAAAACUAUUUCCGUUGCAGACUCAUUCAUUCAUCUUUUUUAGGCGUCUCAAGAAUUACAAUGAAGGUAUACUAUUUUCGUCAUUAAAUUUGUGUGCCCACGCGUCUACGAAAGAGCGUUUUAUUUUAGAGUGAAACCUCGUCAAAUCCAUGCACGCGCUGCACGUUGUGAAGGGUGGAGAGAGUUGGGAGAUAGAGUGCGACGGAUUUCUGAUUGCCGGCGUGCGCAGGUGGACUUGGCCGGCGGCUACUACGAUGCCGGGGACAACGUCAAGUUCGUGUGGCCGAUGUCUUUCACCGUGGCCUUGUUGAGCACGGCGGCUGUGGAGUACGGGCCUCUCGUUUCCGCCGCCGGCCAGCUUGGCCACCUCCGGACGGCGAUCCGUUGGGGGACGGACCUCAUUCUACGCGCCCACACAUCUCCGACGACAUUCUACACCCAGGUCGGCCACCCUCUCUCUCUCUCUCUCUGUCUCCCUGUGAAAUGAAACUAAUAGGGAGGGGGGGCGUUUUCGUGGCUCAGGUGGGAGAUGGGAACUCGGACCAUCAGUGCUGGAUGCGCCCAGAAGACAUGGACACCCCUCGAACGCUCUACAAGAUCACGUCCAGCUCUCCCGGUACAGAGGCCGCCGCCGACGCCGCUGCAGCGCUCGCAUCUGCAUCCAUCGUCUUCAGAGGAGUCGAUGCCAACUACUCGGCUAACCUCCUCGCCAAAUCUCGCACGGUGAGUCGACCCGGCCGCCUCGACUUCACCCUCCGUCCUGUACUUCUCUCUGGUCGUUCUUCUUCCGGUGCUUAAACAGCGAGAACUCUCCUCAGCUCUUCGACUUCGCCGACAAGUACAGAGGAUCCUACCAGCAAUCCUGCCCGUUCUACUGCUCCUACUCCGGCUUUCAGGUUAGUCGCCGCCAACACAUCUCUCUCUCUCUCUCUCUCUCUCUCUCUCUCUCUCUCUCUCUCUCUCGCUCUCGCUCUGCAAAAGAUGAAGCUUAAACGUGGAGUGGUUUCCUUGGGAGCAAAGGACGAGCUGCUGUGGGCGGCGGCUUGGAUGUACAAAGCGACCAAGGAGUCAAGGUUCCUGAGAUUCCUCACCGACAACCAGGGAUGGAGCUCCCGCACCAACGAGUUCAGCUGGGACAACAAGUUCGCCGGCGUCCAGGUCUUGCUCGCAAAGGUACCCCCCACCCCUCUCUCUCUCUCUCUCUCUCUCUUUCUCUCUCAACCAUCUGAACUCGUCGUCUUCGAUCUCUUCCUGAAGGAGCACGCCGCGGGGGCGACGGGGCUAGCGAGGUACAAGACCGACGCAGACGCAUUCGUGUGCUCGCUGAUGCCGCGGAGCAGCUCGCUGCAGAUCAGAACGACCCCAGGCACGUCUAAAGUCAAAUCAACGCCCUAAAGAUAUUAAUAACAUUUCCUCAAUUAACUUAUAUACAAAUAAUGCUUAAUUACCCAGGUUUAAAUAUACAAAAUUACGACACUAUAAUCCCACUAAACCGAGAUUAAUCCAGUUUUUUGGUAUAAAAUAUAUGCAUAAUACUAAAAUAGCUAAUUUGGGUCGUGGCUUUCCGCAGGAGGUCUUCUCUUCACGCGGGACACGGCCAACAUCCAGUACGCCGCCGGCGCCGCCCUCCUGCUGUCUCUCCACGCUCGGACCACCUCCUCCGCCGGCGGCGUCCUCUGCGGCGCGACGGCGAUAACCUCCUCGGAGAUCAGCGCCUUCGCCAAAUCUCAGGUGAGCUCCCUGUUCUUCUGCCUUCUUCUUCUUCAUCAUCAUCUUCUUCGUCUUCUUCUUCAUCUUAAUCUUCUUCUUCCUCUGACGGAGCAGGUGGACUACAUCCUGGGAAAUAACCCGCUGGGGAUCUCCUACAUGGCGGGGUACGGCAAGAGGUAUCCGACGCAGGUGCACCACCGCGGCGCCUCCAUCCCCUCCGUCAAGGUGCUCCCCGGCAAGAUCGGCUGCGGCCAGGGCUACUCCGCCUGGUACUCCGCCGCCGGCCCCAACCCUAACGUCCACGCCGGCGCCGUCGUCGGAGGCCCCGACUCCGGCGACCGCUUCCAGGACGUCCGGUCGGACCACUCCCGCCUCGAGCCAGCCACCUACAUCAACGCCGCCUUCGUCGGCGCCGUUGCCCCCCUGGCCGGCGGCGCCGCCGUCCUGCAACACGGCCGCCCCAGCGGCGCCCUCGCAAGCUCCAUCCUCUGA